CAGGGGAGGAGCCCUGUGUUCGCAAGCGGGAGAGACGGGCCCGCCGAGGCGCUUCCCGGGUGGGCGGGGGCGACUUUCUUUUCUGUGCGCCUCGCUGGGGCGCGCGGCCACUUUAUACCCCGGCAGGUCGCCUUGGGCAAAUCCGGUGAGUUUGCAUUCCCGGCUGCAGGUGAAGGCAUCGCCGGAUCAAGGGGCUGCUCCACGGCUCUUCUGCGGCGGAAGAGGCACGGGGAUGAUGGCCAUGCUGUUUCUGAAUACUAUCAGACUAAUUUCUAACGCAGAAUGUCGGUGAACCAUUUAUUUGGGAAUAAGAAGAGAAACAGCUCCAUAUUGUAUGGUGUGGAUCAGGCAAAAGUUACCACUUCACCAUUAUCUCUCCAGAGAGCUACAAGCCGAAGGAAUAUUGGAAACUGUGAAGAUGGCUUUCCGCCAAGCAAGCGUUACAAAAGUCAUGCUGGAACUGAGCAUAAAGAACUGGAGGAUCCGUUUGGGGACAAUGAUGACUUUACAGCAGAUGAUUUGGAGGAGAUAGAUAUUAUUGCUUCCCAGGCAUUGACACAAAACGCUUCUUUAAAUGUGAACACAGUGAAACCUAAGCAGAAUGUGGAGCUGUCUUCCCAUCCAAAUAGCACCAUCAAAACAUCUGAUCAUAUUACGCAAUGGAAUAUUGCCCCCAAAUCUACAGGGCAGUUUGGAAGUAGCACAGAAGAAACCUCAUCAAAAGACCAAUUUAGACUUGAGGCACUUCAAGCACAAUAUGAGGAAGCUGAGAAAAAGUUGAAGGAAAUGAAGGAUGAAAUCCUAAUUAAAAAUGGAGAAAUCAAAAUUUUACGGGAUUCAAUGCAGCAGAUGGAAUUCACUGCGGAGGAACAGCGAAAAUCAUACGCACUACUGGAAAUGGAGAAAGCUCAAACUAUAUGUGAAAAAGAAAAGGAGUUUUCCAAAAAGUUGGAGUCUCUGAAGUCUGAGCUGCAGUUCAGAGAUGCAGAAAUGAAUGAGCUGAGAAUGAAGCUUUCAAACUGCGAAAGAUUUAAACCUGUUACUUCUUCAAUGCCAUAUACCAGUCCAAAGAAGAGCCCUCGUAAUAUUUCAAAAGCUGAAGAAUGUACUCAGGAGAAAAAAAGUUUCCCCACUAAAGACUCUUUUCGAUCUGAGGUUUCGCCUAAACCAUCGUGCUCCAGAACACAAUUGUGUGUCCAAGCGUUGCCAUUUAUUAAGGACAGUAAGAUGCCUAACCAAGAAAAUGAGCUUGUGAAGGAAGAAACACGUUUGAAUAUCUUUGCUCAAAGAAAAGGUUCCAUCUUGAUCAAUGCAUUGCUGAAACAGCCUGUCGUUCCUGAAUCAUCACUAGGCCUCUGCUAUCUUCUUAGCUGUAACGUUGAUGCUCAGUCUGGACCUUCUGUGCAGUCGAGUUCUUUCGAAACAGGAUCUACAGGAAGCAUCAGCAACAGGAGUGCAAGCUCUGAGGAAGAAGAAACAUCACUGAGAAUCGCUCAAAAGCUUGCCUUAACGGGAUUGAAUUUGAUUGCUGUGGAUGAAGGCUCGUUGGCAGAAAACUCCGAAGAAACUGAGCGAAGAAUAUCCCACCUUAAGCGCUAUAAAAUUCCUGGAGCAAUACAUCUUCUUCCUCUCCUUGAACAUCAUAUUGGUGCAUACCACCAAGCCCUCCUCCUAAUGAUGAAGACGGGAAGCUCUUCUGGGAACCAGUCCGCUUGCUCUUCCAGGACCUCCUCAAGUGCGGCGUCAAGUGUAGACGAUAAUUUGUCUACUCUGGAAGAGUUUGCACUCGUGUCCCUGGGCAUUCUUUAUUAUUUGGUAUCCUAUAGCUGGGAUGUUCUUCAUACACUGCUCUCCCUUACCAUGAAACCAGAUUGUGGUUUGGGAGCUCCAGAAAUUCCGGAGAAGGAUGAAGCUGUUUGCAGUAAGCAGUGCAGAGUCGUUCUUCAGGAGCCCAGCCCAGACCUAAAUACUGCUAAUGUGGACCAGUCCCAACAUCCUCUAUUUAAAAAGGUGCUGCAGCUCUUGGCUUCGUGUGCUACAGCAGCAGGGUACCAAAGACAUGGAAUCAUGAAUCAGUGUCUCAGAGUUCUGGUGAAAUUAGCUGAAAAGUCAACGGUUGAUUUACUUACAAGCUUUCAGCAUUUGUUGAACAGACAAACACAGACUCUCUUCCGCUGCCUGUCUUCUGACUCUCCCUUGUUUGCUGUCCAUCUGACUGUUCAGUUGUUAACUUUAUUUGCUCAGCACUUGGAGCUGGCUGCUCAGUUUUGUUCUUGCUCAGAAACCUGUCUCCUCUUGGCACUGUACACGUAUAUUACAUCACGACCAGAUAAGUCAGUGUUCGAGAUGCGUUGGCUGCAGUUGGAACAAGAGACUGUUCGCUUGCUGACCAAGUGUGCGCAGUGCUGCAGCAACUCUGUUUCACUGGUUGGAACAGACUGCCAGUGCAACUCUGAGGUAGUGAAGGCUCUUAUUAUAAUGAUGCAUAGACAAUGGCUGACGGUCAGAAGGGUGGAAGGAAACUUGUUUGAUGUGCGUGGAAAGCAAGUUGUUCGGUUUUUACGGGACACUGCUUUGCUCUUACACAGUUUGUCUCAAAGGGAUAAACUCUUCCAUGAACAUUGCCUGGAAGUGCUUCAUCAGUAUGAUCACGUCAUGCCUGGUGUCAGAGCCAUCCUCAGAAAAGUUCCAGAUCUGAAAGCCUGUGAAGAACUUGCAUUGGAUGAACUGUACCCAUUGGAACCAGAAGCUGAGGAUCAAGAAAUUGACUGCAGCUAAUCUUUGUUCAAGAAUAUAUUGGUUUACUUUCUAGAAAAGGCAAAUUUUGAUAUACGAAACUUGUCCCAAGUGUCCAGUAACCAGGAACUAUUCCAAUGGAAGCAGUAUGUUUUUUGUUUUUUUAAAAACUGUUUUACUCAAUGAAUUUGCAGCCUAAUAUAUUGUAAUAUAACACUGGUGGCUGAAGGAUGUGAUAUUAAAAAUAAAAUCUAAAAAGCUG